AUGAGCGCCACCUUCGUUCACACACGAAUGAGAAGCCCUAUGGGUGCAGGAUUUGCGGAAAGUUCUACCCUCGCCGGGCCUCACCCGGUCGGCGGCUGGGGCAACAUGGAUUCGAAUCAGAGAGGAAAUUCACGAGCAGCGAUGAGUGACGAUACGUCAACGAUUCUGGGCUCAACCUUGGACUCGGAUCUAGAUCUUGAAGAUGCUACCUUGGGCCUCACCGAGACCGCGCACAACCGAAGAUCUGUUUUGCUGCAGGACCACUCGACAUGCACGAGGCCGAACUCGGAUGUUUUCUCUGGCGAUCAGGUUAUGAUCAAUGAUCACGCUACCAUGAAUGUUCCGACCGCCGGGGAUCAGCUGCUGAAUCUUGAUUUCUCGAAUUGGCUUCUCGACGAGAACCUCGUGGAUCUUGGACUGGGAGAAUCUUGGAUUGAACCAGUCAGCGCAAAUGAACGGUCACAGCCAAUGCCUCCGCCAAUGGCCCCAGCCGAGCAGUGCGACAAACCCCCCGUUGUACCAGAUCUCAGGCCAAUAUGGUAUAAUCAACCAAGGAGGACCGUUGAUAGCCUUCAUGACGAUUAUGAAGGGGCAAAAAGACAACAUACGACAACUUUCAGAAGAGAUAUCGACGAUACAUAUCGCACGCAUAUGGUCGAAGAACUUUGUACCCCGUUGCGCAACGAUCCACUUCCAUCCCUGGACUUCCUGAAUCUCUGCGUUCAGUUAUUCUUCACCCGCUUCAACAUCGCGCUGCCCAUAGUACAUGGACCGACUUUCCGGCCGAGUGAGGCUAACAUUUUAACAGUUCUUAUCAUGUGUUGUGCUGGGACCACAACAAGUUCUUCGGCCAUGUCUACCCGGGUGGGAUCGAUGCUCUUUGAACGAAUUCACAAAGCUGGCAAUGGUGGUCCGUGGGAGAGAGGGCUAUCGGAACGACCGCAUGUUACACCCCAUAACCUUAUGGGAGCCAUCAUCGGUCAAACCGUCGCACUGCUGUCUGCCGAUCCGGUUCAUCGAGCAAUUGCAGACGCUUAUCAUGGUUGUCUUAUCUCGAUUGGUCGACAUGUAGGGCUGUUCAAGGAGAUCCCAGAACUUGAUCUCAGGGAUAUGGCCUCGGCAGAAGAUCUCGAGAAAAGAUGGAAACAAUGGGCUCGAAACGAGGAAAUGAAGAGGGCAGCAAUCGUCUUGCAUAUUCAAGACGCGGAAAUUGCUGCUUUGUUCCACCAUGAGCCUGCUUUCCGACAUAACACCAGCAACUUGCCCGAUGUUGCACCCAAUGAUCUAUUUCAAGCACCUACGGCCACGUUAUGGGCGAUUAAGCACAACGAACAUAUGAAACAUCGACGAAGUAAUUCAACAACCCAACCGAAUGAGGCUCGCUUCAUUGGUCAGACAGGAAAAGGCUGGCAACAACAACGGUCACUGAUGAACGCCUGGGCCGUUCUAUCAGGGAUUGGCGCGACAAUAGCUGAACACCGGUCUCUUCAAACGCUCUCACUGCAACGCGUCGCUGAGCUUGAGAAUGGCCUGGCAAUUCGACGAGCAUAUCUCACACCACCAUCGUCCAUUCCAGGUCCAUCGAUUGCAAGAUUCAGCUCAGCGCUAUUGAAAUUCCACACAAUUCGAGGACAGCGUGUGCAAUACAUCCACCACCUGCAUCAGAUCUACGGUCCAUUGGUUCGCAUUGGUCCAAACGAGGUCGAUGUUGCUGAUCUACAGGGCUAUCAUGCCAUUCACAAGAUUGGGAGCGGUUUUCAGAAGAGCCAAUGGUACCCAAGAUUUCGCACGGCUUACGAACAUCAAGACGUCUUCUCAGAGACAAAUGCAAAGAACCACGGGAUUCGGAGAAAGAUCCUGUCCCGACCAUUCUCCAAAUCGAACUUGACACAGAACCGGGCGGCCUUGGUGGAUGAGAGAGCUCAGUUGGCAGUCCAAAAGAUCAGGGCGAGGGCAGAAACUGGGACUUGCAACGUCUUCGAAUGGUGGACGUACAUGGCUACCGAUGUCAUUGGGAAAGUCUCCUUCGGCGAGUCAUUCGGGAUGCUGGAGCUUGGAAAGAAAACGGAGUUUGUUGAAAUGUUCGAGAAUUUCGCCAUGAUUGGCAUUCUUCGAUCCGAAUUUCCGGGCCUCUACCGUAUUUUCUGUCUUCUACCGAACUUUCUAUUUGAUAUCAACCGGGAUGAAAAGCUCAUCAUUCGGCAUGGCAAGGAGAUCCUGGCCCGCGCCAAGGAAGGUUCCAUGGACAGGACAAACAUCUUCACAGGCCAUAUUGUGGCAGACGAGACAGGCGUAAGCGAAAUCUCGGAGGACAGCAUGGUCGUCGAAGCCACUGGUCUGAUUGGGGCGGGUGGCGGCACGACAAGUGUCACCCUGACCUACCUCGUUUAUGCGGUCCUUCAAAAUCCACGAAUACAGGCAAGGCUGGAACACGAAGUGGCCGCAUUACCGGACAAGUUCACCAAUACCGAUCUUGAAAAGCUUCCUUAUAUGAAUGCUGUGAUUGAAGAAGCUCUGAGGCUAUACGGUCCAAUACCCGGAGCGCUCCAACGUGUCGCUCCAAAGACAGGCUUGAACAUCUCUGGCCAUUUCAUGCCGGCUGGCACUAUCGUUUGCACUCAAGCAUUCAGCAUGCAUCGAAUACCAGAAAUCUUUCCAAACCCAGAAUGGUUUGAGCCGGAAAGAUUCCUCCACGAUGCCUAUACAAUUCCAGAGCAGCGAUCGGCCUUCGCGGCUUUUGGAGCUGGAGCACGUGUCUGUCUAGGCGUACAUCUGGCCUACAUGGAACUCCGUAUGGCAACCGCCUUGUUCUUCCGGGACUGUGCUGGUGCUCGGCUUGCCCUUGAAGCACCUGAUGAUAUGGACAUGGUCAACUUUUUCGGCGGUGUACCUAAGAGCCAGCGCUGCAAUAUCACCUUGACAAGAUCUGACGCACAUUAG